AUGGAAGGUGUGACUGUUGUUGAAGACACAAAAGACAAUUUUCAGGGUCUUGUGGGUUACUCGAAACUUUAUGACGCGGUAGUGAUCGCUUUUCGAGGAAGCAUGGACAUAACGAACUGGAUAGACAAUCUCACUUUUCAUAAACUACGCGCUUACGCAGAAUUUCCAAGUGUGCUGGUGCACGAAGGCUUUUAUUGGGCCUAUCGAUCUGUGGCUCCACAGGUUUUGGACGCACUGCACAGGCUUCAAAUGGAGCAUACGCAUGCCUCAGUCAUGGUUACAGGUCACUCAUUAGGAGGAGCAGUUGCGGCCGUUUGCGCGUUUGAGCUUGAGUAUCUUGAAAAGAUUCCUGUAAAUGUAUUGUACACUUUUGGAAAACCACGUGUUGGCAACAUCAAUUUUAGUGCAAGACUCCGUCGCGCCAAUAUGGAGGUAUAUCGCGUGACGCACUUUCGGGAUGUGGUGCCACAUCUUCCACCAACUUGGUUGGGAUUCGAACACACGACAAGAGAGAUUUUCUACGACCAGUUUUCAGACCGAUAUCGUAAUUGCAGUGAGACGGAUGGUGAAGACCCGACCUGCUCGAAUGCCUGCUCCCCAUUUAGCUCUCCAGGACUUCAACUGCAGACAUCAAUCGUACAAGACAAUGUACCGGUGGAGAUUGCACCUAAUUUGUUUGUGGGCUCCAUUCAUGCAGCUUUUAAUGUCGAAGCGCUCAAAUCAAGCAGGAUAACGCAUGUGCUAAAUCUCGCAGGCACUUAUGCAACUUUUCCAGACGAUUUCACGUACUUGAGUCUAAGCAUCCGUGACAAGGAGUAUGCAAGCUUGUUGAGUUGCCUCCCAAUUGCUGCGGUCUUUAUCAGUGCUGGACUUAAAAAAGGUGGUGUUCUCGUCCACUGCUCUGGAGGGCGGUCGAGAUCUCCUGCAUUCGCAAUGGCAUACUUGAUUAUGAAGCAGCAAUUGUCUUACUUAUUUAUUUUAAACCAUGUGAAAACUUUGCGUCCCGUGAUAAGUUUAAAUGCUGGGUUUGAUGCACAACUUAAAUGCCUCGAGAUUGCACGAGGAAACGUAUUUGUUGCUAACCAACUUCUUCUCAAGGCUCGAUUGGCUCGUCUGGCGCAAAAAAAGGAGAACGGAGAGCUUCAAGAAGAGACAGCUAGAACACGUCGUCAAAAGCAAGGUGAAUUGAAAAGAUUAUCUACACCUCCAAAAUUAAAGAAACAGUCUUCAAUCCAAAUGCUAUUCUCUGGAUCUGAUGAGCGUGGUAUGAUUGGAGAGCGAGUACCCAGCGGGUUUUGUCUUUCGAUACCUGUAAAUUCUGGGUGCUUGAGCGAGAGUCCAGAAAAGACCUAUAAUAUCUCCUUUAUUCCAGCUUUACGGUCAAUGGGAACAAUGUUUGGUUGCGAAUGGUGCGGUCAAAGUCUGUUUUGUGCUGGUGCCAUUGUCUUUCACCACGACAUUGCAAAAUUUAUAAAGCGAACUGGCGGCUGUCCGGUUGAGUCAAAGUUUCUAGAAGCUUUGCGAGAUCUGCCGAUCUCUCGCAUUCAAGACAACGUGGUAGUCAGUGAUGCCAAGGGAAAGGGGGAAGACAUUGCUGCAGCACCGAUAACAAAGAAGCCGUUGCUUGCCAAGCUACGUUUGAGACCACACAGUCCUAGCGUUCUGAUGGGAAAAUCUGUUGGUGCAGUAACAAAGAAGUCUUCGAUUAGGCGAAAAAGUGCUCCUUUCACCCAACUAACGGCUCAUGUCGAGUUCAUUAAGUCGCAAAAGUAUAACGAUAUGUCCAAGCCAUUCCGUUUGCCGCAACCAGAUCGACGUCUUUGUAAUGAACAGUGCGAUCGCACAAGCUCAAUCUCUCUGUCCCCCGCUAAAGUCGGUGAAGAAUCGAAGAAGAAUUCAGGAAGUGGAAUAUGGCGAUCUCUCACCUCGUUUAGGAGCCCCAAACGUGUUUCUAAAUUUGUGACUGAAAAUAAAAGAAUAUAUCAUCGAUUUCAGCAUCUCACAGGAAAGGCUGACGUUCAAAAACCUGUAGGAUUGUCGAAGUUUGCUGAUGCCAAAUUCGCUGACAUAUGUCAAUCAGCGGAACAUAAAAGAUUUCUUGAACAAAAUGCAAUCGAGUGGAACCGAAAAUUAAAGCAGCUCGUAAACAUUGAAAAAAACGAUUUUUCUCAAAUAAGUGCUCAAACAGCAAUUGACCACAUGACAGCAUUACUGGACGAAGAUUUGACAGUCUUUCGGACAUUAAAUGACUGCCACCACUGGUUUAUUGAUCCACAACCGUGGACAAUCGGCCAAGCUGCUGAACAUCCAGAGGGGGUACUUCGUUGUCCAAGAGAAACAUGCGGGGCCAUUGUAGGCGAAUGGCGAUGGAACGGCUUAACAUACCCUUGUGGGGGCGGAGUUGCCCCAGCUUUCGUUAUGAAGAAAACUGCUGUGCGUGUUCUGGGUAACUUGACUUCUCAGACUCAAUAA